UGGGGGGAGCGCGCCGCGUGGCUGCUGCCGCAGCAGGAGCGAAGAAUGUGGCCGGUCCCGCGGGCGGGGCUGGCCCUGCUGCUGGAAGUGGGGAUCCGCGCGCUGCUGCUGGGUCUCUUCUUGUUCACUGAACUUCUGCCCCCCUUCCAACGAGUCAUACAGCCUGAAGAAAUGUGGCUCUAUAAAAACCCCUACAUAGAGUCUGACCAUGUACCCACCAAGCCCAUGUUUUUCAUUUCCUUCCUGUCCCCUUUGGUCUUGAUUUUCCUGGCCAAAUUCUUCAUGAAGGCUGGUAAAGAAGAUACCCGGGAAGCAUGCUUAGCUGUUAGCCUGGCACUUGCCCUGAAUGGCAUCUUCACCAAUGCUGUGAAGCUGGUCGUGGGCAGACCUCGGCCUGAUUUCUUCUACCGCUGCUUUCCAGAUGGACGGGCAACCCAUCAGCUCUUGUGCACAGGGGAUGCACAAGUGGUGAUUGAAGGGCGCAAGAGCUUCCCUAGUGGACAUUCCUCCUUUGCCUUCGCUGGGCUUGCUUUCGGCUCCUUCUACAUUGCAGGGAAGCUCCACUGCUUUGCACCUGGUGGUCGUGGCCAGUCCUGGCGCCUCUGUGCCUUCUUGGGGCCCCUCUUCAUUGCCAUGCUCAUUGCCUUGUCCCGCACAUGUGAUUACAAACAUCACUGGCAAGAUGUGCUGGUUGGCUCUGGAAUGGGCUUUACCUUUGCAUAUCUCUGCUAUAGACAGCAUUAUCCUCCGCUGACGGACCCCAAAUGCCAUCAACCACUGCAGCAUGGAUCCAGGCACCCUUCUCCAGAAAGGCAAAAGCUGGCACUUUCUGGCUAUAGCCUAGAUGUAUGAAGGACUCAGGGGUUUCCUUUCUACAUAUUUUCAGACUCAAGGGGGGAAAGAGAGCUUAUUCAUCCAUGUUAUGCUUUGUUCAGAGGCUGGAGGGGAGGGGGGAAGAGGCAUCGUGAUUUAAAGUAUACCAGCCUGACUGAAACUCAGGGCCUCUACCUCUUCCCCUUCAUCAUGCAUAUGUGGCCAAGAGAGUGAAUGUAUUCAAGGACAGCAGAAUUUCUGGCAACAUCAAACCAUUCCUCAUAGGAUCACAAUGGAGCAAUGAAAGAAGUCUGGUCCAUUCCCUCAUCAUAACGCUAGGCAUCGAUCGUCAGUUUAAAUGCCCAUAAAUUGACAUAUCAUGAUCCCAGCUGGUGUGCAGUCUUGACUUAUGUACUACAGAAGAGGUUGGACAUCUUUUCACAUGAUGCCCAGGGUCCACUCCUACUCCUACAAAGAUAGAUGGCUGGGAUUUGAACAUUUUUUCUGCAUGAAAUUCUGCUUUAAAAUAGUUGCAUGGGAUGAUGGUGGUGAAGUAUGCUCUUUCAGGAUUUGGUGAUCCUGUGCAACAAAGCACCAGCCUUUUUCAAAACAAAACAGAACAGUAGCUCAACCAUCCAUCAAGAUCAAUAUGUAUUAAAACAUGUAUAAAGGUAGAUGCCCUAGAUCCAGAACCAUGCAUUGGCUGUUUUCCUGCUACCUCUUAAGAAUAAUUACUAAGGAGUCUGGUCUCUCCAAAACUUGCCACCAAGGCAUAAUAUUUGAGGGAACAAAAUUAAAUCUAGGGGACUAAUUAUAUUAAUUGCAUAAUUAAUUACAUUUGUUUUGCAGUGUGCUCUCCUCCUUGCAGUUCACUCAGAGUUGGGCAUACUUUUUCUAGCCUUAUUGCAAUAUAUUUAGUUUUGUAUUCUCUCUCCCCCAUUGCACUGUUCUGGGAAAAGCUUGAUUCUCAGCAGUGCAAAUCUGUAUUGAUUCUGGAAAAAUUCUGAGUAUCAAAAACACACCAUUUAGCCAGCCCUGCUUUUUAUCAAACACUAUAGACUUCAGAAUUACAGUGACGUGAUGCACUUAAUGGGGUUGAUGUUACUAUAGUUCAGUUAAAGUUCUAUCAACUUUCUAAUUCUCGGGGGUCUGCAAGGAGUAUAACCAAAGUAUAGCAUGUGUUGCAAAUAAGUACACCAAAGUUACUAGUUCCAUCCUCUUCUAAAUAAAUCACUACCUGCAAAUUAGUAUUUACCAUAGGAAAAGGAAGGAGAAAAAGCCAAUUUCUCUUAGGUUUCCCUGUUGCUUUUCAAAUAUGCGAAAUGCUGUAUUUAAACUCUGAUUGUCCUGCCCAAGGCCAUAAUACUUUAACCUGUGUAGCAUAAUCUAAAAGCAAGAUUUGCCUUGCUGCUCUUAAGUCAUAGCAGCAGCACCCCACUCUAUUCCCCCACACUUUGUUCCCAGAGAGAGAGAGAGUGCAGAUGGGUAUAGCUCGAGGUGGUUGCAGACAGCUUCCAGAUGUUGAACCUUAGUACCCAUCGUCUCUAGAUAGGUAGGGAUGAUUAAAAUUUGGGGCUGACCUAGCUGGGUGGUAGAAGGUUAGAUAAAACUAGUUAUGCCUGGAAGAUGGUAUUGCUCCAUUACACUGGCUUUGGUCACUCUAUGCUCCCCUGUGAAAUAUUAGAUCUGCUCUUAUACUGCUCUUGCACUAGGUAGAUUUGCUGGAAUUUGCUGGCUGACCUGGAGUGGUAAAGAUAAACAGAGGGAGCCUUCACCUCCUAUGCAAGUAAGAGGAGGGGAAACGGCCUAUGAAACUGAUUAAACAAAUUAUCUUACCACUAAAAGCAAGUUCUAAUGAUGGCACAAUCCAUUAUUUACCAGUGUGGCAAUCAAAGGUCUACUGCAUUUGGACAUAGGAGUCCGAUCUGCUACCAUGACUGGUUCGUUUUGUGCUUGUUUUUAAGACCCAGCUAGUCUGAAGUACCUUCAUGUGCAGAAAUAUUGUGGCUGCAUAAUCACACCAUUGUUUUCACUGUUAACGUUUUGUGCCCUUUCAGAGGAGGACUCAUGAGAAAUGGAAUAUUUUAGUUUGGUUUUUCAUAAUGCCCAAUUAAAAAAAUGCCAGAACUUAAAAAGAAAAGGCUGCAUCACUUAUUUGGUCCUCCUUAGGACAGCACAUUUGAGAGCCUUUUCAUGGAAUUUUCUUGGCAAAAUUUUUUACAAGGUAGGUUGCCAGGUCUUUCCUUAACGAAAGUGAAUGGAUAAUUCCAUUCGAGGACAGCACAUAAUCCGGUGUUUAGACUUAGUGCUGAUUUCCAAUCUCACACAAUCUCUGUAAUGGAAAUAAGUUGUGAGCAGAUUUCAGCAGAAGGUCAUAAGGCUGACAAACACAAGUGCUGGCUUUCUCUUACAGGAAGGAUAAGGAGGAAAGAUUUCAGUGGAUGAAUUAACAAUGCAAAGCAGAUAGAGUGAUGAGUCAAAAGUACAUAAAGCUACAGAUUUCCAUUUUUAGGCUUGCUGCUUUUGGGGGAUUUAAACUAGGACUUAAACACCACUGCUGUUCCUAUACUGCUACCCUGCCAACAGAAAAAAAUUAAAAUAAUGGGCAAUAUUCAGAUGCCCCCAAAAGGCUUUAGGGUUUCUUACAACACAUUUUCCACUCCUGGUUGAAGAUAAAUGGGCAAGAACUUUCCUAAGAGGAAGCAAUUUUUCUAACAGUGUAGUUCCCACUUUCCUAAGAGGAAGCAAUUUUUCUAACAGUUUAGUUCCCACAGACACUUGCACCACAAUCAACUUUGUUGAUUGUGGUGGAAUUUCUGUGCAAUGAAUGUUUAUAGCUCAGAAUGACCUUGUUACCUCAUGGUCUCUCCACUGGUACUCAGCUUGCAGUCUUGUACAUUUAUCCAACUAAAAUAAACUCCUCACACUCCAUCUUUCAAAGAGAUGUUUCCUUAGCUGGAAAAAGACCCAAAAUUCAGUUUGCCCAUGUAUUUUUCUUUUAUCAUAGGGUCACUGGCUGCAGAUGUUUUCAUUGGAAAUUGCCAUUCUAACAUCAGGAAUUAAGAUUCUUGGUUUUUUAUACUGUUUAUACCAUAUAGCAGAAUUCUAGUAGGCACAGUCUAGGGUGAAAGUCAAAUCUUUUUCUACAUAUAUAGGUAUCAUAACAUCUGCAAAAUUUUACAGUAUAAGCAAGUUUGUGCAGCAUAACAGUACUUGGGUAUUUUUUAAGAUAUCUGUGGUUGCAUUGUCAGAUUAAUGCUACACAUCCUUAAAUGCUCAUUUGAACUGCAUAUGAACCCAGAUCUGUGUGCUGAUUAUCUUAUUGCCUUAACAGGAAGGUAAAAACUGCUUGAGAUCACUAAGAAAUCAAUCCUUCUAAUGUUUUAUCAACUGUGCUUACUAUAAUGACAAAUAAACAGGCCUGCACUACUCAGUCUGUUAGGGUUCUCCUUACAAAGAUCAAUAAAUUCACCAAAGGCAGACAGCUCCUGGAAAAAAGUUAAAUAACUUUUUUUUUUUUAAAAUAGGCAAUAUUUUACAAAGUGCAUUAACUUCAAUUGUUUGGAAUUUGAACAAAGCUUGACUUUUCCUACUGAUACUCCAAUCGAGAAUUUGGUCAUGCCAAACGGCAUUCUGUUCAGUCACAAGUGUAGCAUGAGAGGCUGAAAAAUUCAAUUAUACAAUGACAAUCAGUGCAAACAUAAUGGGGAGAAACAACUAAGUUGAAAUCUGGCACAGAAUUGGAACACACAAGGUGGAGAGAACGUAGUGUGAUCACAUCUCACUUGUAAACAUGUCCUGCUUGCUGCUCCCAAAAAGAGGAGGAAAGCUGUGGAGAUGGUGCACUGUUUUGUAGCAUCUGUGAUACGUGAAAAGCAGCUGACCACUGUG